GGCAGGAUUUAAAGAGACGCUCUAAUCCAGGCAAAGCUCCCUCUCUCUCUCUCUCUCUGCCGUCUGGCUCUGCGAUACCUCCUUUUUACCUGUCGCCUUUCUGGGGAGCAUCUUUGAGGAAGAGAACAAUUAUGCUAUCUUUUGAUCAGCUGAUCAUGGAUCAGUCCAUGUACUCCAAAGAUGGAGACAUCAAUGAAUUAUGGGUUCCUGGUGUUGCACCUGAUGGACCUCCAUGGGGGAGAGGCCCAUGUAGAGUAACUACACGAGUCAAUCUUGAGGAAGGUGAAAUGGAGCACCAAGUACACCAAGUUAUAACUGAAAGUUAUAAAGAUUUGCAGGAAAUUUUGAUCAGUGCUGGACUUCCAAAGACAGAGGACAGAACCAAGCAACCUCGUACAGGUCACAAUACAGAUGCUACCACAAUCUGUGUGGUCGGACCUCCCAGCUUUUCUAUGUCUGUUCUACUGGAGGGGGCAAGACAAUGUCCUGGUAACAUCUUACUAUGCCUUUCUUCAUCUUGGUUCUGCCCCCGGCCUCCUGCUUGUACACUCCCACCCCCACUUUUCGUUAGACAGGCCGUGACCUUUGAUCUUGGUGGGCGCACUUUCUUGGAUAUCUUUUCUCCCCCUCGGCGUGUCACAUACCUCUGUUGGUUGGGAGGGGAUACGGUCUUUCUGGAGCAAGAGUGGGAUUGCCCGAUGGGGGGUUCACCUCAACUAUCCAGCUUUCUUGCUAAUACUCUAGAUAUGCGACUCCUUUUGGAUUCCAGGGAACUUCCACUCCCCCCUGCUCUUGUUCUUACCCCCCAAUGUCACUUAGGCCCAUGGGGCUCGAGAAAUGGAGAUGGGAAGAACACAAAGGUAGUGGAAUUAGAUGGAAAGGAGGGGUGGGAGGAACGAGUAAGAGAGGAUAUCUCCAAUUUUCUGGCAACAUUGCGAAUGAAGAAACAUCAGCAGGUUGUGGUUAAAGUCUAUGGUCCACAUAGAAGAAAGUCCCUUGGCACGGUCUUCUAUCCCACAUGUGACACGGCUUGUGUUACUCAAGCAGUGCUUGGGCUCAUUGGGGACCUCCAUGACGAACAAGGAAUCCUUUUAGAGGGUUUUUUGAACACAGUACCUCCACGCAGGCUCCAAACACCACGACCACCCUCUGUCAUAGCAUGCUGCUCCGUGCGCCCCCCAGAGCUGACGAUCCGUCUUUGUGCCGUUGUCUGCCGAUCUCGCGGAGACCAACCAAUCCUAAGCAAGGUGGUAUGUUCAGUGGGGCGGGCAGAGAAGCCUCUCCAUCAUCGUUUUGCAUUACCCCAGUCUCUGGACACCACAUUAGAGCUGUGGGGAAUAAGAGAUAAGAUUCAAAAAGAGAACAUAUUUACUCAAGUUAAAGACACUGCAGAAAGUGUCAUGCGAGUGGUAAUAGAGGAGGAGAAAAAGCAGAGCCCCAAGGAAAGAGGAGGAUACAAAGCACAAACUGACAUUUUGGGUGUUGAUUUCCUACUAACCAUUGUGGACUAUGUGGUGACCCCAGUGAUUCUCGGUGUGACAUCAACCCAUUGCUUGGAGGGUUGUGGGAUCCAUGAAUGCUUGCUGAGCAGUGUAGUUGCUGGGGGGUCCAUUGCUAUGAAUUCUGCAUCCAGACCUCUGUUGGAAACCAUGGUUAGGCGGUCCCUGAGUUAUGUGAUGGAAGGGAAGGAGGUACUAGUUAUAGGAGCUGGUGGGAUCAGCAAGAAAUUCAUCUGGGAGGCAGCAAGGGAUUAUGGUAUUAAGGUUCACCUGGUUGAAUCAGACCCCAACCAUUUUGCUUCAUCUCUUGUGACCUCAUUUAUGCAUUAUGACUAUGAAGAUCAGUCCUUUGAUGAAGAGAAACAUGCACAAAAUAUUUUGAGUUUAAUCAAAGAAAGAGGCCUUACUCCAUCAGGCUGCAUGACCUUCUGGGAUGAGUGUACCAUCCUUGCGGCUUGCUUGUCUCACCUCCUAGGGCUGCCAGGUCCACCCCCUAGUGCAGUGAGGCUUGCCAAGCACAAGACCCAAACACAACUAUGUCUGCUCACAACACCAUCAUCAUUCCCACCCUUCCCUUAUGCCGGAGCCUUUGCAGUCCCCUCCUGCCCUCUGAGUAUGGGUACAGGAGGCCUAGAGAAAGCAGAAUCUAUUAUCUCCUAUCCACUUGUGGUAAAGCCAGAAUCGGGAGCAGGGGCGGUGGGAGUAAGACUUGUUCAAGAUGCUGAAGAGUGCAGAAGGAUGCUUAGAAAACUUGGAAUAGAACCUGAAAAGUGCAAGCAGACACACAAGGAAGGCGAAUCAUGUAAGAUGGCAAUGGAAGAGACGUAUAAACCUGCAAAUGGCGGCUCCAGUGAAUUAGACAUUGCUGAAAUUCUUAAGGAAGAAAUUAAUAGUUUGGAUAUGUCACUAGAAGAUAGAUGCACUGCUUCUGUAUCUAAACAUGUGUUUGGAAUACCUACUCGGGCCCCCCCUCCACUUCUUUUGGCAGAAUAUGUGACUGGAUCUGAACAUGACGUGGAUGUUGUCCUAUGUUCUAAUGGUCAGCUCCUUGCUGCCUAUGUGUCUGAUAAUGGUCCUACAAUGCUGCCACGUUUCACUGAAACAGCAGCUGCUCUCCCCUCUCGUUUGAGUUUUGAAUGGCGCUCUCAGCUGAUUGAAGCAGCUGCCCGCAGUUGUCGAGCUCUGGGACUGUACCCUGGAGUAUUCAAUGUUGAGUUAAAGCUGACUGAAUGUGGUCCAAGGCUUCUGGAGAUAAACCCUCGAAUGGGAGGAUUCUACCUACGUGACUGGAUCCUUCAUAUCUAUGGCACUGACCUUGUGCUGGUGGCUCUGGCUCUUUCUUGUGGGGUGAAGCCUGUUUUGCCUGAAACAGAUACCCGGCAGGGUGCUGUACUGGUUGGGGUGAUGUGCACAGGGGAAAAUCACGAAGAAGCGUUGCACAGUACAGCAAAGCCCCAGAGACUGGCAGAACUACACCAAGCUGGACACAUCCGAUAUAAUCGCCUGGAGGGUAGCAGAGACAGAGGACCAGAUCAAGAUCCAUUUGGCAGUGUUGCAUGUGAAGGAAGAGGGCUUCGGGAAGCCAGGGAAAGGCUGAUAGGAGUGUGCUCAGUGCUGGGGCUAGACUCAAAUGAGUAUCCAGUGCAGUAUCUGACUAGAGAGUUCCAGUGAGAGUGUCUUGGGGAGAAAUAAUCAGUACAGGCAAGUGGAGAUAGCUGUAUAAUCCAAUGAAUGUUAGAGGGUGGUGGGAAAUACAAAUUAAAAACUAGAAGCAGGACACUCAUUAGUUUGCUUAGAACAUUGAAGAAUAGUUGGUGUUGUGCUAGAAAUACCUUCGAUACUUGGUCAAAACAGCGCAUGAUUUAAGAGUGUGUGGGUUGUAACAAUCUAAAAGUGUGGCCCAGUAACGCCUUCCUCCUAACUUCAGUUACACCAAUAACACAUUGCUAUUUUUGAUUUUUUUUUCUAGACAGGAACUACUUUGUCACAUAUGUAACAAUAAUUACUCCUUACAAACAAACACCUUAUUUAGUAACAUUGAGUGCAUUAUUGAUGACACAAGGCACGUGUGCUAUGGAAUUACAAUUAUCCUAACAACCUGAAAUAACUGUGCGCAGAUGUAUUCUCUAAAAUAAAAAAGGUUUGCUAUAACAAACAUGACAUGUUAAAGGGGUCAGUGAACCAGGCA